GAGAAAAGGCCCAACUCACACACAGACAGUGGGACAUUCAUGUUAAACAGGUGCCUGAGGGAGUGAGGCUGCACCUUUAUUGUGUUACAUAGUUUCCCCCCAGGGGGCAAAUUAAGGCUCCACCCUCUCGUUAUCCCAUGCUAAUUACCUGCCUUUGAUAAACAUGUGACUAUGCUAAUGAAGGGCGUUAGAGUACAGGAACCCAUCAGCCUUCCUUUCCAUAUUGUGGGAGGAACCUUUUCCCCCAAACAAAGGCCCCGCCCAUAGGGGGUGGGAUCCAAAAUGGGCUAAAAAGCUGCGGGAAUGAGAGCUGAGUUAGUUUGGGGAAGAGACGUGUGGGUACAGGGUACAGGGGCUCUGCAGGCUAAUGAGGAGACUCUGCCCAAGGACAGAAGCUCCACUUCUCUGAUUCUUUGGAUAAAGACAAGAGGCCAUUAGACCGUGCAACUUCUCCAACACCAGGAAAUCCACACAUUGGAGAGAAAAAUCUGUAUCCGACUGAGAAAAAGCUUUAGUGCAAUGAGCAUUCCCAACUCCCAGAUGGAACUUCCCUCAGUGGCACAACAUGAAUGCCCAGAAUGUGGGAAAAGAUUCUCAGAAAAAAACAAACUUAUUAUUCAUUUCAGAGUCCACACUGGGGAGAAACCAUUCAUGUGCACGGAAUGUGGGAAAAGUUUCAGGCGAAAGCAACACCUUACAAAACACCAAUUAAUUCACACGGGGGAGAAACCAUUCAUGUGCACGGAAUGUGGGAAAAGUUUCUGGCGAAAGCAACACCUUACAGAACACCAAUUAAUUCACACAGGGGAGAAACCACUCAUAUGCACGGAAUGUGGGAAAAGUUUCAGGCAAAAGCAAAACCUUACAGAUCACCAGAGACUUCAUACAGGGGAGAAACCCUAUGCAUGUACAGAAUGUGAUAAACAAUUCAAUAAAAGGAGUAGCCUUCUCAGCCACCAGAGGGUUCAUACAGGGGUAAAACCAUUUGUGUGCAUGGAAUGUGGGAAAAGCUUCUCCGACAAGAGCUCCUUUCAGAGACACCAGAGAAUUCACACAGGGGAGAAACCAUUUUCCUGCACAGAAUGUGGGAAAUGUUUCACCAGAAAGAGCCAGCUUAGCAGUCAUUACAUGGUUCACACAGGGGAGAAACCAUUUUCUUGCACAGAAUGUGGGAAAUGUUUCACCACAAAGACCAAGCUUAGCAGUCAUUACAAGGUUCACACAGGGGAGAAACCCUUUGCUUGCACAGAAUGUGGGAAACAUUUUACCACAAAGAGCCAGCUUAGCAGCCAUUACAAGGUUCACACAGGGGAGAAACCCUUUGCUUGUGCAGAUUGUGGGAAAAGUUUUGCUUUAAAGGGAACCCUUACUAGACACCAGAGAGUCCACACUGGGGAGAAACCAUUCAUGUGCACAGAAUGUGGGAAAAGUUUCAGGCAAAAGCAACACCUUACAGAACACCAAUCUAUUCACACGGGGGAGAAACCAUUCAUGUGCACAGAAUGUGGGAAAUGUUUUGGGCGAAAGCAAUGCCUUACAGAACACCAAUUAAUUCACACAGGAGAGAAACCAUUCAUGUGCAUGGAAUGUGGGAAAAGUUUCAGGAAAAAGCGACAACUUUCAGAACACCAAUUUAUUCACACGAGGGAGAAACCAUUCAUCUGCAUAGAAUGUGGGAAAACUUUCAGGCAAAAGCAAAUCCUAACAGAUCACCAGAGACUUCAUACAGGGGAGAAACCCUAUGCAUGUACAGAAUGUGAUAAACAAUUCAAUAUAAAGAGUAACCUUCUCAGGCACCAGAGGAUUCAUACUGGGGUGAAACCAUUUGUUUGCAUGGAAUGUGGGAAAAGCUUCUCCGACAAGAGCUCCUUUCAAAAGCACAAGAGAAUUCACACAGGGGAGAAACCAUUUUCUUACACAGAAUGUGGGAAACAUUUCACCACAAAGAGCCAGCUUAGCAGCUAUUACAAGGUUCACACAGGGGAGAAACCAUUUUCUUGCACAGAAUGUGGGAAAUGUUUCACUACAAAGAGCAAGCUUAGCAGCCAUUACAAGAUUCACACAAGGGAGAAACCCUUUGCUUGUGCAGAUUGUGAGAAAAGCUUCAUUUUAAAGCGAAACCUUACCAGACACCAGGGAAUUCAUGUGCGAGAGAAACUUUUAUGUGUAGGGAAUUCGGGAAACCUUAUACUGCAAAGUCCAAAUAGCAACACCGUCAUCCUCACAGGGGAGAAACCAUUCACUUGCACAGAAUGGGGUUUCCCCAAUAGAAGGUUUCAUCUCCUCCCCCAGAACAUUCAUACAGGGGAAGAGAUACAGUCACUGAUUUCUCCUCCAUAUUCUCCCAUUCCAACAUUGCCUAUUGGCCAUUGGAGCUGCCAAUCAUAUCUGUAGGUACCAACCCACACACUAUGGGGUUAUUUGUAUGUAAAAUAUAUUCCUCAAUAAAUGUAAUGCAAUAUUUCAGUU